AUGGCCAUGAGGGUUUCAAACCAUCGGGCCUUUGCCUCGGCUUUGAGGUCAACUCGGAUGGCUUUUGUCCGUCGCAACGAGAUCAAUAUCCGCGCCUUCUCGUCGACUCCGAGCGCCCAAGUAGUGGUUUCUUCAGAAACGCCAAACUUGCGACAUGCUUCAAGAGAGCCGGAUGCCCCCGGAGGACUUCGUGCACCUCCUAUUAAUCCUGCCGACAAGUAUGCUGCGAAGGCAGAUGAUCUGCAUCGAUACGGCUCUUGGCUGAUGAGUUGCCUUCCAAAAUACAUCCAGCAGUUCUCAGUUUGGAAAGACGAGUUGGUCAUAUACAUCCCUCCAUCUGGCGUUAUUCCCGUGUUCUCGUUUCUCAAGUACAAUACCUCUGCCGAAUUCACACAAGUGUCGGACAUUACGGCUGUCGACUUCCCAACCAGGGAUCAGCGAUUUGAGGUUGUCUACAAUCUACUGAGCGUGCGCCACAACUCUCGCAUUCGAGUCAAGACAUACGCCGAUGAGGCCUCGCCCGUUCCCAGCAUCACGAGUCUUUAUGAUGGAGCCAACUGGUACGAACGAGAGGUCUACGAUCUCUUCGGUGUCUUUUUCGUUGGUCACCCAGAUCUGCGACGUAUCAUGACAGAUUAUGGUUUUGAUGGGCACCCACUGCGCAAAGACUUCCCUUUGACAGGUUACACGGAAAUCCGGUACGACGAGGAAAAGAAGCGCAUCGUGGUCGAGCCGUUGGAAUUGACACAAGCGUUCCGAAAUUUCGAGGGAGGAACAGCUGCUUGGGAGGUACGAAACCCAUUCUCACUAAUUAAUCGUUUGAGCUAA